CCGUAGCGGACGUCGCAGUCGCUAUCUUUCCUCCGUUCCGUUAAGCUGUUCAAUUUAUGCGAAAAGACGUUGCGACUCGCGCGCGUUUUCGAGCUGUUGAUUUCGUUGAGAAAUGAUUUUCUUAGAUUUUUUUAAGCAUCUAUUUUCAUGCAACAUUUAAUUUAUGAAUGGGUGAAUCGUCGCUGGACAAUAAAUUAGGCGCCAAAUACCAAAGAAAUUUUUCGUAUUUAAAAUGAAAAUUCCAAAUUAUUUAUUCGUAACCAAAGAGCUGAAAGAUACAAAAAAAUGUGCAAUAAUAAUUGAUGUGAUAUGUGGAAAGAAAGCAUAAAAAGCAAAAUAACAAUAAAUUACAACAAAUGAAUGCUCUCCGGCACUUAGCACGACUUACGGAUCGAUAUCAAGUAACGAGAGCUAGCAACGACGAAACCACUUGGCAUUCAAAUAAAAAUCAAAAUAAAUACCAAUUCAUGUAACUGAAAUAACGCACACUAAAUACUUGAAAAACAAUGCGGAAAAGUGCAGAGGAUUCUGUUGACUGCAUGAUUUCAUCUAAUACGAGUGAUAAACGUAGUUCCUGCCAUACAACACCAAAUGGAUUACCUAUAGUAAAGAAAGCAACAUUCCUGUGGCUAUGCCUGCUCUUAAUGUUCAGCCGCUGCUCGUGCUUGGAUGAACUCAGCGAUAAAGGGGCGGGCAUUAGUGAAAACUAUGAGGAAUUAAAAUUUGAUCAUGAAGUAACAGAGCAGGACGCUGAGCAAGCGCUACGAAAACUGAAUGCAACUCGCGCCGGCAUUCAGAACUCUUGCAUAUCGAUGAACUGUGGGCAAUAUCAAAAUUAUUGCUGGACGCCACAAUUCGAGAAAGAUCAUUGCUGGUGUGAACUGCAGCAUAGAGAAGAGGGUCUGCCCUAUAAAGCACAUAAAUGCUUUGUGGAGGAGAAGAUCUAUAAGCCAUCGGUAGGCUCUUGCUAUUUCUUCGAGGAAGUCAAGGAGUGUUGCUGUGUAUCCGCUUUUCUCAGAGAGUGGCGUCGCAUCUCGAGUGCUCCAUUAAGCAGGGCACAUCCCGUGCUUAGCUGCCUGCUGGCUAUACUAAGUCUACUAUAUUGGCACAGCAGAAGGCAUUAAGUUAGUUUAGGUUUAAGAUUGUGGGCGGGGCCGGGGCGUGGCGUACGAUCUAGUGAAACGUAGUCAUAGUCAUAUACAUAGUUGUUAUCCAGCCAUCUAUAAGUGUACUUAGUUGAAAAUGUUAAACACGAAUCAAACUUACUUGGUGAGCAAUUGUAUAUUAAUAUAUUUAAGCAUUAAUAAAUAUAAAUGUGUAUGUCUAAAUAUAUGAUGUAUGUAUGCAUAACCAUGUACAUAGUAUUUAUGUUGUUAAUGAUUAUAUGUGUUUAAGUUUGAAUCUCUAAAUUAACUGUGACUGACUCAUGCUCGAUUAUGUAUAUAUGUACGAACGAAAGGGGUAUGAUGUGUGGUGCACAGAAUGUAAACAGAA